GGACUUUAUAUCUCCAGUGCCAUUGCCACGUUCGAGAGCUAGGCUGAGUUUCCAAUUGCUGUGCAUUCGUUGAUCAUCAUGUGGGGAAGCAAUUGGGUUGCAUUAUUGGGGGCCGUACCAUUGAUUGGGUCGCCAUUCGUCCAAGUCGAAGCAGCCCACACUCUUCGGCCUCAGAAUGCCUCAAUAUGCGACGCAGGCACAAAACAAUACACUGGCACUGUCGACGUUGGGGUUGGAAAGAGCUUGUUCUUUUGGUUUUAUGAGAGCAGAAACGAUCCAAAGAAUGACCCUCUAAUUCUUUGGAUGACUGGGGGACCAGGUGGCUCUUCGUUGCUUGCCGCCUUCACUGAAUGGGGACCUUGUCUGCUUACUGCGGAUAGCAGCUCCACGUACUACAACAACCACAGCUGGGUCAAUAAUGCCAAUGUGGUCUUUUUAGACCAACCCGCCGGCGCUGGCUUCUCAAACACCACCUCCGAAGCCGCCCUCGUCGGCGGCCUCGCCCCCGGCUCCGUCGACUUCAACACAUUCUUAAACCUCUUCUUCACCGAAGUCUUCCCGCAAUAUGCAUCCAACGACUUCCACAUCGCCGGAGAAUCCUACGCGGGGCACUACAUCCCCUACUACGUGACGUACAUCGAGAAGCUAAAAGCGAAGAAUUCAUCCGCCGCAUUCCCGGGCAUCAUCGAAUCCAUCAUGCUGUUCGACGCAGCCGUGGACUCGUUCUCCGCGCUCGACACGGGCUUCUACGAUAUGCUCUGCGAGGGCCCGGAGGGGGAUAUCUUCAACCAAACGUAUUGCGAUUCCAUGGCUAAUGCGGUGCCUGAGGUUGAGCGGCAGGCGGCGGUGUGUAGGGACACCUAUAACGCGACGUACUGCCUUGAGGCACAGGGGUAUUCGGGCGAUGCGCUUGAGAAGGGGUUUAACGAAUUAGUCGACUUGGGGAUCCGGAAUCCGUAUCAUCUCUACCGCGGCUGCAUCCAGGAACCCCUCUGCCUUCCCGCAGACGCGGGCAAUCUAACCGUCUACUUCAACAAACCAGGGAUCCAAGCAGCGCUCGGAUACAGUGACUACUUCUACAGCCCAACCAACAACACCAUCGUCGUCGGCUUCAUAGAAGGCGGCGAUGACACCAUCCCCGCAAAUCGUGAGAUGACCUACAUCUUGAACCAGACGGCUAUCGAUGUGCUGGUGGUGAAUGGCGCGCUUGACAUCGCCGUCAAUCUCCCCGCUCAAAAGCGGAUCUACGAUGAGCAUAUUCCGUGGAAGAAUCAGGCUAAGUUCCGGACACACUCGUACGUUGACUGGUUCUAUGACAAGCAUAUUGGGAACUUUACGGCGCCAGUGCGGACGAAGGGCGGGCAGACGAAGAACACGGAGGGUCUGGUAUUUGUGACUGUGGACGAUGCGGGGCAUAUGGCGCCGGCAGAUCAGAAAGAGGCGGUGGAGUCGGUGGUUAAACUCUGGAUUCAGGGGAAGAUUGGAGAGUUGACUGUAUGAGCGGGUAUUGGAGAGUAAUAGCAUAUGAGGGAGGAUCUGGAGCGCUAGAUCGUUGCUUUCGCUGAUACUGAAAUGGCCUCAAUGAUAGAUGCCUGAGAUAUACAGUCCUGUAACGGACUAGAUUCCAUAUAGUACCUUGAAUAAGCCGCAGGUGGCCUUUAGCCAUGCAAUUAAUGGGCUCCUGUAGCUACAUCCGAAAGCCUACUCGUAUAUGGGCUCUC